UGACAUUGAUCUUUGUGGGCAUGGCAUUGGCGACCUCGUGCUGUCAUCCAGGGAAGUUUCGUAGCCCAUCCUCUUUCAUGGCGCCGCCUUGCGCUGGUAGCUGGAUCGAGUUCCCCAAGCUCAGCAUCGCCAAGAACAAGCUCAUGACCAGUUUAGCCACGAGGCUCGACCGGGAGCUGGGUUCGCUCCUCAAUUCCACGCUCACGCCGCCGGAAGUCAGGUCUUUCCAGAGCCAGGACGGUGUCUCCCAAGGAUCGGUGGUGUUAAGAUCAGGGAAACAAGGCUCCAAGAUUCGUUUCCUUCUUGGUUCGUGGCUUCACUCCAGUCUUCCAUUCGGGCCUCUCAACAUCACGACGCUUCAAACCAUUCUAGAGCCCGAAAUUGAUUCUCCUCAUCUUUUGGUGGAGUUGAUCCAAACUGGUUACAAGUCACUUGUUCUGUGCGUGGACAACAUGCCCCGCAAGGACCUCGUCAUGGAUCCAGAGUACCUGAAAAGAUUUUACGAGGACUCAAAGCUGGACGAGCUGCGAGCCAAGCUGGUAAAGCUUCCACAGUGUGAGUACUACGUCUCGCCUUCGCUUUUCGUACGCGUCAUGGCUUCGCCGACUGCGUUACUGUUAAAGUUUGCCGCAGAGGGUGAGGAAGAACUUGAUGGAGUGGUGGAAGAGUCUAUCACUCCGUGUGUGGAGGAGGCGGUCUCCAUAUGGCUGCACGGGUUCACGGAGCUGGGAAGAACUUUGACGAGUGAAGCCCAGAUAAGUUCUCUCCGGGAAAGAGACGACAUGAUGAGGAAGAAUUCCGUGGAGGUGGAUUUAGGUGCAAACAUGCCGAGGCUCUUCGGGCAGGAAACUACAGAUCGAGUCAUCGCAGCAGUGAUCAAAGGAGAAUGAAAAGAUUGUGGAGAAGCCUCGCAAUGAGAAAGACGCCUGUUGCGCGGUACGUCUAUCGUUUUGCAACUCACACAGAAAAGUCUGAGAUUCACGUUUUUAUAUCUAUAUAUCGUUGAAAGUUUUCUAGUGGAUA